AUUGCAAUCAUGACAGUUUGAAGUGGUCAUUACUAUGCAAAGCCACUACCUUUGCGCACACGUGAGUCAAGUAAAGAGCGUUUAAAAAAUUGUUAGGGUGUGUUUAGCGCACCCUUGCAAUGAAACAAUCUAAGUUGCGGCCCCUCAAAGGUCGUAAAAUUCGGGAAAAUGGUCGUGUUGACAAUUAGCAUGUACAAGCUCUAAUUCGGCUGUAAACAGGAACAAAGUGAACCCUGAGGCAUGUACAGAACAGCAGCGUUCACAUCAUAAGUCACAUUUUACCAAGUCUUUUUAUUGUAGCAGGUUCCAGAAAGCAUGGGCAUGGAUAAAAUGAUAUCUCAAAUUACUUCGUCUCCGUAGAUGCAGAGCUAAUAUAGUAGUUAUUUAUCAAAAGACAAAAUAAAUGGCAGUAUGACUGCUGGAAUAAAAAAAAAUAUAAAUAAAAAUAAAGUAAUUAGCUUAAAAACAAUACCACAAUGUAAUUUUAAGUUUAUAGUCCACUAAUAUAUCACAUUUUCAAAGGUUUUUACAAAGAACAAUAAAUCUUUCUUUUAUGGCUGAGAGCCGUUAUGUCAUUUCCUCAAAAACAUUAAUCUCGUUAAGGGCCAGAAUUGGGUCUGGUAUUUUUCACAUUCAUAGAAUAAAAAUGCUUCAUACUAAUGAGAAAUUAUCCGAGGAAACACGAAAAGUCUUUUAUUUAGACCAGAACUUUUUUGGUAAUAAGAUAUGUGAACUUUUUCGUAGUUUCAAUGCUUUUUAUUUACUUUAAGCUUAUAAUAUACGUGUCUGUUUUUACAUGAUUUGAUAAUGGGUUCGACUAUCGUCAGAGACCAUUUGAAGUUCCUGAAUAUUCAAAAUUAAUCUUUCCAAAUGUAAAACCAUCAAGAAAGCUUAACAUUGGUAUCCUUCAAGAAGGAGUUGAUUUGUGUGAUGAAAAUGUUCAAAAUGUUUUUAACACAUCUGUUCAAUGGUUAAAAGAUGACGAACAUUUCGAAAUGAAUCACGUAAGCCUUCCUAAGCACCAUAUUGCGGAAAAGCUUGGUUUGCCAAUACUAGGGAAUGGAAUCUACGGUGCUAUGAUCGAUGGAUGUGGUUUCGGAACAGCUGUAUCAGGUAUGCAGUCACAUACUCUGGCUAAAACGUUGUUUGACGGUUACAAAAAACACGGGAAAGAAUUAUCUGAAACAAAUAAAUAUUUCACAUUAAUUGGUUCUUACCUUCAACAAAAUUAUGGGCCAUACCAUUUUGCAAAGUCGUCAACAUUAGUUGCCCACUUAAACGGGGAAUAUAAUACACUGCUUGCGAAACAUGACGUCGUUAUUAUGCCAACAUUGACAAAAACACCAUGCAAAAUUCCCCGUAAAGAUGCCUCGAUUACUGAAAAAAUAACCACUGCAUUAAAUAUGAUUGGAAAUACCUCAAUAUUCAAUGUCACUGGACAUCCAGCAUUGACAUUAAAUUGUGGAUACGAUAAUGACUUGCCAGUAGGGUUGAUGAUUGUUGGAAAACAUUUUGAUGAAGUAGGAGUGCUUAAUGUUGCAAGUAUCUUUGAAGAUGUCUUCCGAAAGCGAAUGUCAAAAUAAGCUUCUGAAAAAUUCAUAUCAAAUAAUACACUUACUUCAUAUACAGCACGAUGGUGGGUUUCGGAAGGAACAACUAUCUUUAAGGUGUGAGUAAGGGAAAAAAAUAGUUUUUUUUGCAAUUUUUUUUCUAACUUCUUUUAUAAAAAAAAAGUGAACUUUUUAAUGGUGAAAUUAUUUUUUUAUAAAAUAGGAUAGAAAUGCGGAACACAAUCCUCAUCAUUUGUCUUUCAGCUGAAUUUGCUAAAAAUAUCAAAUAUAUGUGUAAAUGCAUGUUUCUCACUUUGGGAAUAAACUGUGAUAUGAGCACAUUUUGUAACAAUAACAUAAUCACAACCAAUGUUGUAAAAAACGAUACCAUUGAAUUUCUUGUAUCGCUUUUCUUUUAAUGAUUCUUUAUUUUUAUCCGACCAAUUAAAAAUCACUUUUUUCACUUUGACUGUCAUUUAUGCUUUUUCGUGAAAAAGUUAUUUUUACAAGCGAGCAACACUAACAACAUCAAGCUAUAUAAAAUAUCAAAAAAUGUCUACUUAUCGCCAUAAAGCUUCUGCUCCUUCAAAAAGGAGAAAAAAAAUUAAAAGAAAGUGUUCUAACUCUCCACCCGAAGAUUGAAAAUCUCUAUAAUAAUACGCCAGUUCUGUCUGUCUGUGACUUUUGCAAAGUGGAUAAAAUUUCCUUGAUAAAGUCUAUAAAACAUCGUCUAUAAAUUUGUUCUGUAAAUUACCAAACUUUGACGUUAAAGCAAUAUUGACGUCAAAGGAAAGUAUAUUAAGAUAAGUGAAGCCAUUGCAUUGCACUUUUAAAUUUAAGGCUAAAUAACUUGGAAACGGGUGGAAACAACUGACGUCAUCUCCUGCGUAGGUAACUAGGGACCACCUUUGACCAAUUUGGGUAAGUUUCCCAAACCUGGGUCCCUGAAUCCGUUUCGGGAAUGGACGGGUUGAUGACGUCAUCAAAAAACCUUCAAACCCUAAUAUCUCUGCAACCGUUUGUCAAAAAUACACGAUCCUAUACAUUUUCUUGAUCAGCGUUUCAAGAUCUAUACGAUGAAGGCAACAGGCAUACACAUUUCUGAAAAAAAAAGUUUUGUGUUCUGACAUGUCUCUGCUGACGUCAUCAAAAUUUAAAUGACGGUUAUUUUUCUCUGUUAUCCUGCCUAAGUGGAUUUUUCCACGGGCCUUAUCGACUAGUCUAUAUAAUAAUACGCCAGUUCUGUCUGUCUGUGACUUUUGCAAAGUGGAUUAUAUUCUUCACAAUUUUCUUUAACAAAUUCUAUAAAACAUCGCCUAUAAAAUUGUUCUGUAAUUUUAAAAUAAGCAGUAUGAUUCGCUGAAAUGCGUACUUUCAAACGGGACGGCAUUCUAAUAAAAAGUUCCGUUAGCGUAAAAACAAACAAACAUAAAAAUUUCUCGACAAAGUUCUCGACACAAAAGGCGAACUGAAGAAGCGGUUAAAAAAUGUCUUAUUUUCGACGAUCCCUUAGUCACAUAAAAGUGCAGAUAUUAAAAGCAAGAAAAGUCAAAGUGGAGAAGUAGAAGUACAAAAGUAAAGUUAGAAGCCACGAGAAGUUGCUUCGAAAGUGAAGAGUGCAGCUAGAAGUAGUAAAGAAAAGUUAGAAGUAGAAAAUAAAAGCUUGGGUUUAAAGUCGAUUUGGAUUCACAUAUAGUAAGAACUUUGAUAUUUUUAGAUGUUAUGUUUUUAUGUCGCUAGAGUUAAGUGUCCGGCAGACUCGCAUAUUUAAAAAGAAAAAAGUCCAAGUGAAGAAGUAGAAAAAGUGAAGUUGGAAGUGAAAGUGGAGCUACGUGGAGCUAGAAGUAAAGUAAAUUUAGAAGUAGAAAAUAAAGGCCACCAAAAAAAAGCACAGAAGAACGAUCCCUUUACCUUGAAAAAAAGGAAAAAAAGUGGUUUAAAAAAGCAUAGCUAUAUAUUUAAAAAGAAAAGAGACCAAGUGAAGAAGUAGAAAAGUGAAGUGAGAAGUGGAGCUAGAUGUAAAGUAAAGUUAGAAGUAGAAAACAAAGGCUAGAGUUUAAAGUGGAUUUGAAAUCACAAAUAGUAAGAACUUUGAUAUUUUUAUUCGUUUGGUUUUUAUGUCGGUGGAGCAAGCAGACUCGCAUUUCCCAGGAAAAGCUACAGUUUCAUAUUUUACCGCGUAUGUAGCCAUAUUUGUUUACGUUUUGUAUGUUGCAUAAUUCAUGAGCCCUGGCGCGUAACUAAUGUAUUGUCCUAAAAUUCAAAAUGCUACAUAAAGCUGUUGGCUGACUAAAAAACGGAAAACUUUGGUUAUGUUGAACUGUAAUGUUAUUAAUUUUACAUUACUAUUGCUUCCCCCUAUAUGUGUUUUUCUAAGCAUAAAUAGCUAGCUUUAGUUUUAGGUUCAGAAUUGUUGGUAAAGGGCAGUACGGAUCAUCAUACUAAAAAAGAAAAAUUUUUGUGUUCUUAACUGGUUGAUUUUUACACUGUGUGUAAAUUUUUGUGGGAGAGAAUGGUAUGCAACUGAAAUGACUGAUUUUUGUAGAUUUACGUUUAAUGUUUUCUAAACUAUGGCUUUUUCAUAUUUUUGUAUAAGCUUUUAAGGGAAAGACAAUAUUUAAAAUGUGUAAAGAACUUAUUUUUGUUGAUUUGUGCUAACCUUUGCAGGCCAACUUUUUGACAUUUCAGAAUAAAUCACUGAGGGUUUUCAACAUAAUCACUUAUAAGAUGUACAUAUUUGAGAUGCGUUAUUUCUGACAUUGUUAUUAUCCGUGUUGUGACUGUUGGUAUUCUUACUGUCGGUUUUGUGAGUAUUGGUGUUGUGAGUGUCGAUGUUGUGAGUGUCGUUGUUGUAACUUUUUAUCAACUAGAUUUUGCACCUUGCAAGCUGUUCUUUUUUAUUUUGUGUAAGAUUUGACAUUUGACAUUUUGUGUAAGAUUUUAAGAACAUUUUUUUUCUAUAUGCAUUUCUUACGUCAGCAAAAAACAUCUAAAGCAACUUAUUUUUUUAAUGGCCUUUUGCCUAAGUGGAUUUUUCCACGGGCCUUAUCGACUAGUCUAUAUAAUAAUACGGAGCUUCUGUCUGUGACUUUUGCGAAGUGGAUAAAAUUUCUUUAAUAUAUCUAUAAAACAUCGCCUAUAAAUUUGUUCUGUAAAUUAGCAAACUUUGACGUUAAAGCAAUAUUGACGUCAAAGGAAAGUUUAUUAAGAUUAGUGAAGCCAAUGCAUUGCACUUUUAAAAUUAAGGCUUAAUAACUUGGAAACGGGUGGAAAUAACUGAUGUCAUCUCCUGCGUGGGUAACUAGGGACUACCUGGGACCAAGUUGGGUAAGUUUUCCAAACCUGGGUCACCAAAUCCGUUUCGGAAUGGACGGGUAAAUGACGUCAUAAAAAAACCUUUAAACCCUAAUAUCUCUGCAUCCGUUUCUCUCAAGUACACGAUCCUAUACAUUUUCUUGAUCAGCGUUUCAAGAUCUAUACGAUGAAGGCAAUAGGUACACAAAUUUCUUGAAAAUAAAUUUUUGGGUUUGACAGGCCAUUGCUGACGUCAACAAAAUUUUUAACACCUUAUAUCUCCUUAGGUUUUUGUCGAAUACAUAUGAUCCUAUACAUUAUUGUGAUCAGCGUUUUAACCUUUACACGUUAUAGGCAACGAAUAAACUAAACUUGGCCAAUUUUUUUUUGUACCUGCACUGUUGACGUCAGCAAAAAAUCUAAAACAACCUAUUUUUCCAUUGUCCUUCUGCCUAAGUGGAUUUCUCCACGGGCUUUAUCGACUAGUGACACAUAAUAAGAGAAAAAAACUGUCACUUUUCCGAUAAAAGUCGGUGCUUGCAACUAGUCUCUUAUAAUAAUACAGAGACUGUGUCUGUUUGCAACAGGCAAAGUGGAUGUCUUUAUUUUCCUUUGAUGUUGCCAAAAAAGUUAUGUCUAUUAUGUUAAAUUCUUUGACGUUAGGGCGCGACGAAAAUAACACUACUUUAACGUCAAUAUCCUAUAUUAAAUUAAUGAAGCCAUUACAGUGGACCUAAAAUUUUGAGGCCAAAUAACUUGGAAACGAGUUGGUGACGUCAAUGUUUUUUCACCGCGUGGGUAACUAGGGACCACCUUUUUCCAAACCUGGGUCCCCAAAUCCGUUUCGGAAUGAACGGGUUUAUAACGUCAUCAAAAAACUUUUAAACCACAAUAUUUCCGUAACCGUUGGUCAAAAGUACAUGAUCCAAUACAUUUUCUUGAUCAGCGUUUCAAGAGCUAUAACAUGAAGGCAACGGGUAUACAAAUUUCGAAAAAAUAAUUUUCUGUACUUUUAUUAGGGACUGCUGACGUCAGCAAAAUUUUUAAACCCGUAAAUCUCAUUAACCAUUCAUCAAAAGCACGUGAUUACAUACAUUUUCUUGAUCAGCGCUUUAAGGUCUACACAAUAAAGGCAACGUAAAAACAAGGUUCUAAUUUUUUUUUGCAGAUGGGUUGCUGACGUCAUCAAAAUUCAUAUGACGCUUAUUUUUCAAUUUUAUCCUGUUUCAGUGGAUUUUUCCACGGGCUUUAUCGACGUCAGCAAAAUUUUUAAACAUCGUUUCAAGGUCUAUACGAUGAAGGUAACAGGGAUAUAAAUUUCUGAAAUUUUUUUUUGCGUUUUAACCGGCCAUUAGUGACGUCAGCAAAAUUUUUAAACCCUUUUAUGUCCUUUGUCGUUCGUAGAAAAGAUAUGACGUUUGUAACAAGGAGUUUUUCAAAGUUUUGUUUUUAUUUCCAUCCUGUCUAUUUGACCGAGGAUGAUACACCGCCGUUUUUUCCCUUUUAAUCUCCUUUUUUAUAUAUUUUUGUCAACUAACUAAACAAACGGUAAAUGUAAGAAUCAUAGUAACACCAAAACACAUAUGAUCCUAUAUAUUAUUUUGAUCAGCGUUUCAACCUGUACACGUUACAGGCAACGAAUAAACAAAUUUUGCCUUUUUUUAGGAUUUGCAAAGCUGACGUCAGCAAAACGUCUUAAACAACCAACUUUUUCAAUGUCCUAUUACCUAAGUGGAUUUUUCCACGGGUCUUUAUCGACUAGUAAAUAAUAACACGCAAUUGAACAAAAGCGUGAGUCGAAAGAAAAUAAUGUUUUAUCCAGCGAUACGACUCAGACAUUUAUGUUAUCAUAUCAAAUCUCUAUUCCAUUAGAUGUUGUAACAUUUUUUCCUUUUCCUUUUUGUUUAUUUUUACUUUGCCCAUCUCUCUUCUUGUGAAUAUGUUUUAAGUGCGAAUAUGAGCAGACACGCGCGUAGUCCGGAAGUUGUUAAAAACACCCGUAGCAAACAUUUAACUAUACGAAAGUGAUGAUAUUUUUUAAAAUCUUUAAAGCUCUUUUUCGCAAUGUUCAUUUUUUGUGUUAGUACUGCUAGCCUUUUCAUCUUCAUUUACAAAACUAUAAAUCUACAAGGUGGAGGGUGAGCGGCUUUUAAGACAGAUGUAUCUAAAAACGAUUUUAAAUUUAAUUCGCAAGUGUGAAGAGAUUUCGAGUUAUGACGUAUUUUUUAGCGAAUUAUGGUUUGUAAUUCGAUAAAAAAAGUUAAUGGAAUAUAUCUUCAAAACGGAAAAUAAUUACACUAUAAUCUUCAAAUCGUUUCUAGAUCAAUGUGUUGUGAUUACAAAACAGUGAACAUAAAUCAUGCAAAACUAAAAGUUUUGUAAAUAGAGAUGCGUUAGUAAAGGAGGGGUCAGUUUUUUAGUGUCUUUUAACGUCUUCAAUUUUAUUUCGCUUUCAAUAAUUUCUAUAUCAUCUUUUAGGCAAUUUUAUAAACUUUCAGAAAAUAUUAUACAACAAUAUUACAACUUUCACGUAAUCUUAAUAGAAGAUAUUGUAAAACAUCACACUUUUUCCUUACUCACACCUUAAUUUAACAACAUUACAUUUUAUCGUAACUUGUGUACCUUCUUAAGCAAAUACAGGCCGUCCAAAUACAAAGCCUAACAAGCCCUGGGGACGAGGUUGAAGCAAAUAUAAUCGAAGUCUAUCACUUUGCUCGUUUAAAUGAUUUUAUUUACUUGCUUCAUGUUCCUCUGUUAUAUAUACUGUUUCCCAGACCACAGUCAGUAAUAUUCGUUUUUAAAUUUUUGAGCUGCAUUAGAUCCGUGUGUUUCUAUAUGCAGGUACUUAUAUGGGCCCAAAAUAGUACUGGGUGUGAAAGGACAAAAUGUCAAUCUUGUCGUAUUUCUUUGGCCAGCUUUUUUUGCCAAUGUACCAACUUCGUAUAUACGUGUAUGCACGGUACCAACUUUCUUCAAAAGCAGAACAUUUUAAGGAGAAAUUAGCUUUCUUCACAGAGUUUUAUAUUAGAAUGAAUUAAGACAUAUUU